CCGUUAGUGGGGGAGUUAACCCGGAGAUUCGUAAAUCAAUUCUUUCUUCUGGAAACGACUAAAAAGAGCAGGAGCAGGGCUUGGGCAAGGGAUGCAGAUGAAGCUUUCAAGCGGGGCUGUUCAACUCAAUCUCCAUCAUCAAAGACAAGGAAAUCAACUUCACUAGAUGGUGAGCUACCUGAUUCUUUCUUUCACCCUACUGUCUUGCCCAGGGAACAAUGCUUUACGGGGAACCGGUUAGUUGCUCUCAAUGACGAAGUCUCGAAACAGAUUCCCAAUUCCAUCUCUCGAAUAAGAGUAUCAGCGGACUCCUGCCUGGAGUCACUAAAGAGAGAGUUGCUUACUCGCCAGACUACCGGUGCCGGAGAGUUGACAAGAUGCCUGACUUCGACGGAGUUGAACCAACCAUUAUCUAGAGGAGGUGCGGAGAGAACUGACCGAUAUGGAUGGGGAAAUCAAGAAGCCAGCACUAGAACGAGUUCAGCCGCU